AUUGAGAUGGAAAAAAGGAAAUGGUUGUGGAAGAGAAGGUCUUCUGAGAAGAGCCCUGGUGAAACCGAAAGCUCAGAAUCAAUAUCUUCGCAUUCUGAAGGAUACUCUGAUGAUCAGAAGGCACUGAAGGCAUCUCCAAGUCAUAACACUCAAUCACCAGAAGUCACAUCGAAAGCGACAGUCACAAGCGAAGAAAUUAAUGAUAACAUCAGGAGUCUAAGAGAGAAGUUAUCAGCUGCUCUUGUGAAUGUUAGUGCGAAAGAAGACUUGGUCAAGCAGCAUGCUAGAGUUGCUGAAGAAGCUGUUUCAGGCUGGGAAAGGGCUGAAAAUGAAACGGUGAUUCUAAAUCAACAACUUGAGGAGGCAGUACAGAAGAACUUGGAGCUGCAAGAUCGAGUGAGCAAUCUUGAUGGAGCUCUUAAGGAAUGUGUCAGGCAGCUAAGACUAGCCAAAGAAGUGCAAGAGCAAAGGAUUCGUGAAGCUAUAGUGGAGAAAACCAGUGAAUGGGAUUCCACCAAAUUAGAGCUUGAAAACAAGCUUCUUUUGCUCCAAACUCAAGCAGAGUCUGCCAAAGUUGACUCUCCAGCUUUUGUUGAUCCUAAUCUUCACCUCAAAUUAAAGUUUUUAGAAAAACAGAACUCCGCCCUCAAGCUUGAACUCCUUUCUCAAUCUGAAGAGUUGGAAAUUAGGACCAUUGAGAGGGACUUGAGCACCCAGGCGGCAGAAACAGCUAGCAAGCAGCAUUUAGAGAGCAUAAAGAAGGUGGCCAAGCUUGAGGCUGAGCAUCGGAGGCUGCAAGUGCUGGCUCGCAAGUCAUCCACGUUGCAAGAUCAAAAAUCUGUUUCUGUUUCCUCGACAUACGUUGAAUCAGUCACAGAUAGUCAAUCGGACAGCGGGGAACAGCUAAAUGCAGUAGAGAUUGAUAGUCGGAAAAUGAGUAGAUUGGAACCAAAUGAGUGUGAGACAAGCUGCUCAGAAUCAUGGGCAUCAGCCCUAAUUGCUGAGCUCGAUCAAUUCAAGAAAAAGAAGGCCAUAAAUAAAAAUCUCACAGCCUGUUCUCUUGAAAUUGAUAUGAUGGAUGAUUUUUUGGAAAUGGAGCGACUUGCUGCAUUGCCUGAAGCCAAGAGUAACGGCCAUUGUCUUGAAUCAGAAACUAUUGGCAAUCAAUCUGCCAAUGGAGAAAGCCCAUUGAGAGCUGAUCUGGAUGCCAUGAUUUGCAGGAUGACAGAAUUGGAAGAGAAGUUACAGAGGACAGAAGCAGAGAGAACUGAACUGGAGAUUGCUUUAACUGCGAGCCAAAGUUCUCUCGAGGCAUCACAGGUUCAGCUGACACAGGCUAAAAUGAGGUUGGAGGAGCUGCAAAGGGAGCUAGAUGUGGUGAAUGAAUCAAAGGAUUUACUCGAGUUUCAAGUCAUUGGUAUGGAAGUGGAGUCACGUACCAUGUCUGCGAAGGUUGAUUCCCUGAACGCAGAGGUUGAAAAGGAGCAGGCUUUUUCAGCGGAAUUGGAAGUCAAGUAUAAAAAAUUGGAGGAUGAACUAAUGAAAAAAACCCAGGAAAUUGAGCUUCACCAAACUGCAACUUCAAAUGGUGAACUAAAAAUAAACCAAGAGGACCUAGCUGUAGCAGCUGGGAAGCUUGCAGAGUGCCAGAAAACAAUAGCGUCUCUUGGGAGGCAGCUCAAGUCUCUAGCGACACUGGAAGACUUCUUGAUUGACACUAGGAACCUGCCAGAAUUCUCUGGAGGAGGAUCAGUGAGUCCGAGAGCUGGCGAUGAACUAUGGAAGUUGCAUUAUAAUGAGACGUUCAUGCCUAAAAGUGAUUCAGAUCCUUCAAAAAUGCCAGAAGAGAAUCCUUGUCCUUCAACAAACAGUAAUGAUGGAAAAUCAAAUGCAUGUUCUUCAUCAACUUCACCAACCCUGCCACUAAAUUAUGUCACCUCUGCUAAGAGUCGAAAUGGUUUUGGGAAGUUCUCACACAGUUGAAUUCAACUCGAAAACCAGCAAAGUUGAACAAGAGAGGGUGUAUUGGGGAGGGGAGCAAAGAUUUUGUAGUUGUAAACAAGAGGAUGUAGUGCUUGAUCAUUGUUGCUGAUUAAAUGUUGUUUAAUUGGCAAUUAAUAUACUUAGAUGUCUCUCUGAAUUUUGAAAUCUAAAAAAGACUUUGAAUUUAACUGUUUUCUUAUGUUUCUUUGAAUUGUUCUCUCAAUGC